GAUAAACUGAUAUCGAUUAAUCACAUUCGAUUUGUUUAGUCUGGCUCCUGACGCUCUUCUGUCGAUUGGUCGUGACUGCGCGCGGUGUCUUCAGAUUGAACAUGGCGGCUACUCCGGCAACAAACCCGUCUCAGUUGCUCCCACUUGAGCUCGUGGACAAAUGUAUCGGCUCCAGAAUUCACAUCGUCAUGAAAACCGACAAAGAGAUAGUCGGUACCCUGCUGGGGUUCGAUGACUUUGUCAACAUGGUCCUGGAAGAUGUGACAGAAUUUGAAAUCACACCAGAGGGAAGGAGGAUAACUAAACUGGACCAGAUCCUCCUCAAUGGCAACAACAUCACCAUGCUCAUACCUGGAGGAGAAGGUCCUGAAGUAUGAGAAUCGUCACUGGAUGCUGACACACUUUCGUUUUGUGAAUACAAGCCUUUUCCUAUGUUGUGUUCCUUAGUCAAUGAUGUUUGUUUUGGAUUUGUUCCUUCUUUAUCUUGAAGGAAAAUAUUUUUGUAAUAAGAAUCCUAAUUGAGUAUGUGUUGUGUCACAAAUCACACUAGAGAAAAAAAAAGCUUUUUUUUAACAAAUAAACGAGAAUCAAACAGUUUGAAAAA